AUGGAGUUUGGUGCUGUCAGUUGGGCUAGGGCUGCCCCAUCCCCGAGCCUCCACGAAGCAAGAGCGGUCAGAACACAGGCGCCUCGCCACAGUGGUGACACGAAGCUGACAUCCCUCGCUGCGCCCGGCAGCCUGGGGGUGUUGUGCUUGCUCGCUGGCGCCCGGUCCCGCACGUCCCAGAGACAAGGCGCAAAACUGCAUGGGCAACGCCCGGCGCCGUCAGUGCAGCGUCGCUACACGGCGGAGACUACCCGAGUGAUUGGGGACUGGGCGGAUGGCCUAGUGGAAGCAGGCGAGGUAAAGCUGGUCGUGUCUGAGCUCCCGGGGAACAUCACGCAGUUCCGGAGUGUUCACCCCAAAGGCUCCCGCUAUGGCGAAGAGUAUGACCUGGGAGCUGGCAGCACGGAGAACUUGUACCUGGUCAAGCCGAAGUCCGAGAGGCCUUGGCUUCUCAUCGGCGCCUUUAGCCGAGACAGCCAGAGCUUGCUGACCGAGAUGAUGGAGACAGAGAAGGGCUUGGUGGACAAGAUUGGGGUUCUGAUGCUCCAGUUCUUCGACGGUGGGCAGGUCCCAUUCAUCGAGGAGCUGGUGAACCAGAGAUCCGGCGAGCCGCUCCUCAUCUAUGCCUCAGUGCCUGUGGUUCUGGUGCUCAAGAAGAACCUGUCAGAGGCGGUGCUCAAGAAAGUCAGCCUUGUCCCGAUCAAGAACAGCUCCAGGCUGGAAAUCGAUGAUGGCCGCGUGAUGCGCUUCGUCCUCACUCCCACAAACAAGCUGCCCGAGGCCCUCUCGGCCUUUGACCCGCUCACCGGCAGCCUCUUUUCCGGAAAGUUCUUCAGCGCUCACCGGAAGAUAGGUGAGAAGGACAGCCCCAUGGACAGCCCGGGGAUCGAAGGUUGGGAGACGUUUGUGGAGGACUGGCAUCAUUUGUUUGACUGCUACUUCUUCACCAAGCGCGCGGCCGCGGCCGUCCGGAAGAUCUUCACGCUUUGUGAGGCCCUGCGGGGUCCGGAUGUGACCCAGCUGGCUCCACUGCAUGGCCCCGUGGUGCGGGAGCAAUGCUGGAAGCUGAUGGCCAAGUAUGAGGCAUGGACCGAGCAGAAGCUGAGAAAGGAGACGCGCAGGGACUUCCAGGUCUUGGUGAUGUAUGCCAGCGCUUAUGGGCACACCAAGACCUUGGCCCAGCACAUCUCAACCGGUCUGAAGUCUUCUGGCGUGAACGUCGUGGACUUGAACCUCGAGCACUGCACGGCGGAGGAUGUUUCGAAGGCGUUGCAGACAGCCGAUGGCUUCUGCAUCGGAAGUCCCACCUUGGGUGGAGAGAUGCCCAGCCAAGUGAAGGAGGCCUUGGGGGUCGUUCUGAGCCUGCCCGCCGACCGGCGCAUGCCUUACGGGGUCUUCGGAUCCUUUGGGUGGAGUGGCGAGGCGGUGGAUGAGCUGCAGUUCCGCUUGAAGGAUUCCGGCUUCCCGCUGGCCUUCGACCCCAUCCGGGCCAAAUUCAGACCUACGGCCGAAACGCUGGAGCUCUGCGCCGCGUCGGGGGUCCGGAUGUUUCAGAAGCUCUGCCGAAAUGUCUUGCAGAGGCGCAAGAGGCAGGCACGAAACCUCGCCAAGGAGCCCGGCAGCGGGGCCCUGGAUGCCUUUGGCAAGAUGCGGACCUCGCAGGCCGUGAUGACAUCGCUGGGUCCGAACGGCGACGAGCACACUCCGGUCGCCUGGGUCAACCAGGCGUCCUUCGAGCCCCUGGGCAUCACGCUGGCCAUCCCCAAGCCCGAGAAGGAGGCCGAGAAGGAGGUGGCCCUCUCGGAGGAGCCCGAGUCGCGCCUUGAUGAGAUCUUGAAGAGCCACGACAAGAUCCGAACAAGGUACGUGGAAGGUGAGGAGGCGAUGGAUAUCCUGGAGGACCUCCUUGCAACAAGCGAUGCCGAGGUUCUCGACAAGGCGAUGGAGAUCCUGGACCCCUAUGGUGACGGCUUGGUCACCUUCGACGAGCUGAAGCUGGCCGUUCGACCGGGCGAGGCCCUGAGAGCCAUGAUGGACGCGAGGGCAGAAGAAGCCGAAGUUGCCGAAGGAGCCGAGGAGGAGGAGCAGGCCCUGGAGGACUUUGUGCUGAGCCUGGCGCCAGAGGGCGAGAGCUACGCAGAGCUGGCAAAGGCUGGAGCUCACAAGAAGGCCAAGGCAAAGAACGGAUGUCGGGUGCUGGAGGGAUGCCACGCGUACCUCGAGUGCCACACGGUCUCCAUCCUGGAUGCCGGGAACUACUCCCUGGUCUACGCCGAAGUGACAUCUGGGAAGGUGUUGGACGAGAAGGUGAAAACCGACAUCCGAUCAGUGCUCGAAUCCUCAGGCCUUGUCGGUUUCAACUUGCAGGAGGCAACCCAGGCCAGCCGGGCUCCCGCGGUGCCCGCGAUGGCUGCCUUGCCAGCUUCGCCGCAGACUCGGCCCGGCUCCCAGCCGCCGGGCGCUUUUGCGGGUAGGGCAAAGAAAGCCCGGGCCGCAAGAGGCGCUCGUACGGCUCUGGCUGCGCGUGGAGGCGAAGAGCGAGACGUAGAGAUGUCUGAGAUACAGAGUUGGACAGGUCUCACGCCUGGCAAGGAAUAUCGUUUGCAGACGAUGUCCAUUGAAGAAGUAGCGGAGGAUACGAGCACCAUACGGUCUUUGGACUGGGAUCGGGAUCGCUUCGACAUCGAGUUCCGCUUGGAGCGCGGCACAACCUACAAUUCCUACGUCAUCAAGGGUGCUGAGAAGACAGCCCUGGUGGACACUUCCCACGAGAAGUUUGAGGAUCUCUACAUUGCCGCACUUCGAAAGGAAGUAGAUCUGAGCGCAUUGGACUACUUGAUUGUGUCCCACACAGAGCCGGAUCAUUCUGGUCUCAUCGGAAAGGUUCUUGAGUUGGCAGAGCAAGCUGGCAACGAGAAGCUGGAGGUGAUCGGCUCAAAGAUGUGCAUCGCCUACCUGGAGAACUUGGUCUUCCGGCCCUUCAAGAGCAGGAUUGUGCAGACAGGUGUCCAGCUCGACUUGGGUGGCGGCCACAACUUGGAGUUUGUGAUUGCCCCGAACCUUCAUUGGCCCGAUACCAUGUUCACCUUCGACCCGAAGACGGGGCUGCUCUUCACCUGUGACGCCUUCGGCAUGCACUACUGCUCCGAGCACCCGGAGGACGCCGAAGGAGUCCAGGAGCUCCUCCCCCACUAUGCCACCUACUACGACUGCCUCAUGAAGCCCAACGCGCGAUCCGUGCUCUCGGCCUUGGGCAAGAUCAAAGACUUCGAGCUGAAGGCCGUGGCCACGGGGCAUGGGCCCAUACUUUCCGAGAACGUGGAGAGCUUCAUCGAGUACUAUCGCUCCUGGAGUGAGAAGGCCACAGCCAAGAUCGGGCCCUGCGUGGCGGUCUUUUGGGUGAGCCGUUUCGGGGAGAGCGAGCGACUGGCGCAGCUCUUUGCGCAUGGGCUCACGAGCUGCAGCGUGAACGUGGAGAUGCAUGACCUCAAUGCGGUGGAUGGCUUGGAGAUCACCGAGUGCCUUGGCCGGAACGAGGUCAUUGUCGUGACAGCGCCGCCGAAAGAGUCACAGGGGGCCACGAACAUCGGCAAUAUCGUGGCGAAUCUGAAGCCCAAGAAGCAUCAGUUCGUGGUCCUCGACAGCUGUGACGAUGCACAGGAGCCCGUGGCGCUGCUGAGGAGCCGGCUGCUGAAGGCGAACGUCCCGGAGGCGAUGGAACCUUUGGAGGUGACGACUCGCCCGAUCACCGCCCAAGUCUUGCAAACCUUCGAGGAGGCAGGCAUGCAGACUGGCAAGAAGCUCACGCAGAAGAGCAAGGCGGCCGCUGCCAAGGGUCAGGACAAGGAUCUCUCCAAAGCUUUGGGCCGGCUGGCCAGCUCACUUUACAUCGUCACGGCCAAGAAGGCGGGGGUGCGCCACGCCAUGGUUGCCAGCUGGGUGACUCCGGCAUCCAGCAAGCCGCUGGGAGUAUCGGUCACCAUCGCCAAGGAACGUGCCAUGGAGCCCUUGCUGCGGAUUGGUGAUAGCUUCACCUUGAACAUCUUGGAGGAGGGAAAGCCCCAGACCCUGCAAGUGAUGAAGCACUUCCUGCAGCGUUUCGCACCUGGAGUCGAUCGCUUGGAGGGGGUGGACCACAUCGAGGGUCCCAACGGCGCGGCCGUCCUGAGGUCGGCCUGCGCCUAUCUCGAGUGCAGGAUUGUGUCCCGCAUGGAUGCUUCUGACCACUGGGUGGGCUACGCGGAGGUCGUGGGUGGUGAUGUCGCAAGUCCCAGUGCUGCUGCGGCAGUGCAUCACCGAAAGGUGGGCACCUAUUACUGA